CGCGUGCGCACUCCCGUAAGGCUCGCGCCCGUGCUCUGGGCUCCCUGUUUCCACAAAGCCCGGCCGGAGCCGAGGCCCCGGCGUCCACCCCGACCCUGGGGUUGGUCUGGCCCGCCAUGCGUUGGGGGCUGCGCCCUCGCGGCCCGGGGGCGGCGGCCCUGGCCGCGGCCUGGAAUUUGUGGGUGCCACCCCGCUUUCCUUGUCGGCCGCGCUGGCGAGGGACGACCGGGAGCCUUUUGGUGCGGUCAGUCACCGGGGCCAGUAACCAGCCGCAGAACUCGAGUAAUGGCAGCUAUCGGGACACGGUGUUGCUGCCGCAGACCAGCUUCCCCAUGAAGCUGCUGGGCCGUCAGCAGCCCGACACGGAGCUGGAGAUCCAGCAGAAAUGUGGAUUUUCAGAACUUUAUUCAUGGCAAAGAGAAAGAAAAGUGAAGACUGAGUUUUGUCUUCAUGAUGGACCUCCUUAUGCAAAUGGUGACCCUCAUGUUGGACAUGCUUUAAAUAAGAUUUUGAAAGACAUAGCCAAUCGAUACCAUAUGAUGAGAGGUUCCAAAAUACAUUUUGUGCCAGGCUGGGAUUGUCAUGGGUUACCCAUUGAAAUGAAAGUAUUAUCAGAACUUGGUGGAAAAGCUCAGAAUCUUUCAGCUAUGGAAAUUAGAGAGAAAGCUAGAUCAUUCGCCAAAGCAGCAAUUGAGAAACAGAAAUUGGCAUUUAUUCGCUGGGGAAUAAUGGCAGAUUGGAAUAAUUGCUACUAUACUUUUGAUGGAAGAUACGAGGCCAGACAGUUGAAAAUUUUCUACCAAAUGUAUGAUAAGGGCUUGAUUUAUCGAUCUUACAAACCUGUGUUUUGGUCUCCUUCAUCAAGGACUGCGUUGGCUGAAGCAGAACUUGAAUAUAACCCGGAACACGUCAGUCGCUCAGUAUAUGUAAAAUUCCCUCUCCUGAAACCUUCUCCUAAGUUGGCAUCUCUUCUAGAUGGUUCAUCUCCGGUUAGUGUUUUAGUCUGGACCACACAGCCUUGGACAAUUCCAGCCAAUCAAGCUGUUUGUUACAUGCCAGAAUCAAAGUAUGCUGUUGUGAAGUGUUCCUCGUCUGGAGACUUAUACAUUCUAGGUGCAGAUAAAGUAACAUCUGUUGCUUCUACUUUGGGAAGAACAUUUGAGGUUAUUUCAACAUUUUCAGGUGUGGAUUUGGAAAAUGGUACUUGUGCUCAUCCUUUAAUUUCCGAGAGGGAGUCUCCUCUUCUGCCUGCCAAUCAUGUGACCAUGAUGAAAGGAACAGGGCUGGUUCACACAGCGCCAGCUCAUGGUAUGGAAGAUUACAGUGUAGCUUCUCAACACAACUUGUCCACGGAUUGUUUAGUGAAUGAAGAUGGAGUUUUCACAGAUGCUGCAGGUCCUGAACUUCAAAACAAAGCUGUUCUUAAAGAGGGAACAGAUGCAGUUAUAAUGAUGCUUCAGGCUGCAAAGAAUUUGUUGAAAGAAGAAAAAUUGGUACACAGCUAUCCCUAUGAUUGGAGAACUAAGAAACCAGUAGUUAUUCGUGCCAGCAAGCAGUGGUUUGUAAAUAUCACGGAUAUUAAGACUACCGCCAAGGAAUUGUUGAAAAAAGUGAAAUUUAUUCCUGGAUCAGCAUUGAAUGCCAUGGUUGAAAUGAUGGAUAGGCGGCCAUACUGGUGCAUAUCAAGGCAAAGAGCUUGGGGUGUUCCAAUUCCUGUGUUUCAUCAUAAGACAAAAGAUGAAGUCUUGAUCAACAGCCAAACCAUCGAGCAUAUUAUUAAACUAGUGGAAGAACAUGGCAGUGAUAUCUGGUGGACUCUUCCCCUGGAGCAACUUCUUCCAAAAGAAGUCUUGUCUCAGGUUGGUGGUCCCGAUGCUUUGGAGUACGUGCCAGGUCAGGAUAUUUUGGACAUCUGGUUUGAUAGUGGAACUUCAUGGUCUAAUGUUCUUCCAGGUACUGACCAAAGAGCAGAUUUGUACUUGGAAGGAAAGGACCAGCUUGGGGGCUGGUUUCAGUCUUCUUUAUUAACAAGUGUGGCAGCAAGGAAUAAGUCACCUUUUAAAACAGUGGUUGUUCAUGGAUUUACCCUUGGAGAAAAGGGAGAAAAGAUGUCCAAGUCUCUUGGGAAUGUCAUUGAUCCUGAUGUUGUCAUCAAUGGAGGACAAGAUCACAGCAAAGAGCCCCCCUAUGGUGCUGACGUGCUUCGCUGGUGGGUUGCCGAGUCCAACGUCUUCACUGAAGUCACAAUUAGUCCAUCUCUGCUGAAUGCUGCCAGAGAUGACAUUAGCAAGCUCAGGAAUACACUCCGCUUUCUUUUGGGAAAUGUGGCUGGUUUCAACCCAGAAACAGAUUCCAUCCCUGUCAACAGCAUGUAUGUCAUAGACCAGUACAUGCUACACUUACUGCAGGAUUUGGCAAACAAGAUUAAUGAUUCAUAUAAGCAGUAUGACUUUGGAAAGGUUGUUCGGCUGUUACAAGCAUUUUAUACCAGAGAACUCUCCAACUUUUAUUUCAGCGUAAUCAAAGAUAGGCUUUAUUGUGAAAAUGCAGAUGAUCCCAAGCGACGCUCUUGUCAGACUGCAUUAGCUGAAAUUUUGGAUGUAAUGGUUCGCUCUUUUGCUCCCAUUCUUCCUCACUUGGCUGAAGAGGUAUUCCAGCACAUACCUUAUAUUAAAGAACCCAGGAGUGUUUUUCGUACUGGCUGGAUUAAAACCAGUUCUAUCUGGAAGAAACCUGGACUGGAGGAAGCCAUAGAAAGCGCGUGUGCAAUGAGAGAUUCAUUUCUUGGAAGCAUUCCUGGCAAAAAUGCAGCCGAGUAUGAGGUGAUCAUUGUGAUCGAGCCUGGGCUGCUUUUUGAGAUCAUGGAGAUGCUACAAGCGGAGGAGACUUCCAGUACUUCUCAGUUGAAUGAAUUAAUGAUGGCGUCCCAGACAACUUUGCUUUCUCAGGAACCACGAGGAAUAACUGAGGAUGUAACUGAGCUUAAAGGGACAUUUCUAAUCAAUUUAGAAGGUGGCGAUAUUCGUGAAGAGUCUUCAUACAAAGUAAUUGUCAUGCCAACCACCAAGGAAAAAUGCCCUCGCUGUUGGAAGUACACGGCUGAGUCAUCAGACACGCUGUGUCCCCGAUGCGCAGAGGUCGUGAAAGGGAAGUAGGACUGCGGUGUGUGUCGACAGCUUUCUGAGCAAGAGCCUCCUGACAGGACUAGGGGUCUAGAUGGAUUGUUUACAGUACUGGAGAGAAAUCCAGGAUUUAGGUAAUGAGUGGAAGAGUAAAUGGUUGAGGAUGAGAGUCAAAGUCAGAGCUACGAGUGUUUUCCUGUAACUAGAUAAACAAUAAUGUGUAUAUAUACAUAUGGAAACAUAUACAUAUGCAGGUGGAUCCAUAAUGGACUUACUCAGAACAUAACACUGAAAAUGCUUGCCUACAAAUGUGCUAAGCGGAAAAUGUUUUAUAUUUUAUAAAUCUUCUUCACUCAGUAUUUAAGUUCUAUAACGUCUAAAAAUAAAGGCACCUGGAAAAUUA